UAAAAACCCGCAUUCUUCUGCAAACUAACACGGCCGAUAUUUAUAACUCACUUUCUGACAUCAUCCUGGAAAGGAAACGUGAAUUUACUAAAGACCUGAAAGUUUGUUUCCUCACUUCUGGACUCGUUUGUCUCUUUUAUUCAGAGUUUUAUAGUUUCUGUUUUUCCUCGUUUCUCUGGUUUAUUUGGUUAGAAACAGUUUAUCUGAGGAAACAAGUUAAAGUUGUUCACUUUUAACAACAUUAUGAGUUUAUUAACAAGUCAUUAUCGCAGUGGCAGAGCUGGCAGUGGGUUACAUUUUAUUUACUUCAGUAACUUUGUGAAAGAACAUUUCUUCUUGAAGUUUUACUUCUACAUGUGUAAGAAUAUUUUGAAGCCUCUUCUUACUCCGAAACAAUAAAUGUGUUUUGGAUUAACUUUUUUAUUUUAUUUUUUUCAUACAGAAUAAAGGUGUUUGCAAAUGUUGGAUGCAAUAAUGUCAACUUCAAAAUGAAUGAAAAAUGCCUAAAAAAAAAAAUAAGAGACUAAAAAAAUAAACUAAAAUAAAAAAUCAAAUAAAACAAAAAUAAUAAAGCCAAAAUAAAUAAUAAAAAAUAAAUAUUCUGUAUAUACUAGUAUAAAUACAAAAUAAGUGAAAUUAAAAGAAAAUAGAAAAGUGGGUGUUUACAUCAACAAACAUGUUUUUAUCAAAACUGCACAAGACACAGAUAUAUUUCUUAAACUUUAAAUUAUAAUGAAUAUUUAAUAUCCAAAUUAAAUAAACAAAACAGAAACAGCAAAUAAACUGAAUUAGAAAGUCUCUGUAAUAUAAAUUCUUCUUCAAAAAGAGUCUAAUUGAGACCAAAACACCCGACUGAAGACAUUUAUCAAAAGAGAAAAACAAUAAAUAAAAAACUUUAAAUCAUGCAAAUGGAAAUUAUUGAACUCUUUUUAAUUUAUCAUGUCAUCUAUUGAUUUAUUGAUUUAUUGCUUCUUGAUUGAACCAGCAUAAACUGGGAUUGUGCUGCAUUUACUCCCUUUGACAUUUCAUCGUCUGGACCUUUAACGGUUGUUUAGGUCAGAAAUGAAGCUGCAGAUUGGAAAAUUUAAAGGUUCCCUGUUGGAAACGAUUUCCUCAUGAAGCAGAUUAUGGAAAAGGUUGUAAAGACGGAGCAGCUGGCAAACAGGAGCGUCAACAUCACAGCAAACGUCGAUUUAAAGCUGCAGAAACAUAUUUAUAAUAAAGAUUGUUAUGAUGGAGAGAUAACAGAGGAAGAGGAAGAGACGAUGUCGUUCUUUGGGUUGGAUUGUUUCCCAAAGACUGAGGGAGCGGAGCUGGAGAGGAAACUCAGAGCCAACGACCGAGAGUUCAACCGCUCCUUUAAAUACGCAACAAACGCCAUCAAGACCUCCAAGUAUAAUUUCUUCACCUUCCUUCCUCUCAACCUGUUCGAACAGUUCCAGAGGAUCGCUAACGCUUACUUUCUGGUUCUGCUGGUGCUGCAGUUGAUUCCUGAGAUCUCCUCCCUGUCCUGGUUCACCACCGUCGUUCCUCUCGCCCUGGUGCUGACCGUCACCGCUGCUAAGGACGCAACUGACGACAUCAAUCGCCACAGGAGCGACAAUCGAGUGAACAACAGAAAAGUUGAAGUACUAAUUGACAGAAAACUGCGGAGCGAGAAAUGGAUGGACGUCCAGGUGGGAGACAUCAUCAAACUGGAAAACAACCAGUUUGUAACCGCCGACCUGCUGCUGCUCUCCAGCAGCGAACCGCUGAACCUCGUCUACAUAGAGACGGCAGAGCUGGACGGAGAGACGAACCUGAAGGUCAAGCAGGCCCUUCCUGUCACCGGAGACCUGGGAGACGACAUCGAAAAACUGGCAGAUUUUAAUGGCGAGGUUCGCUGCGAACCCCCCAACAAUCGUCUGGACCGUUUCAACGGGACGCUGGCGUUCGGCGGUCAGAAAUACCCGCUGGACAACGAGAAGAUCCUGCUGCGCGGCUGCACCCUGAGGAACACCGACUGGUGCUUCGGCCUGGUGCUGUUCGGGGGCCAGGAGACGAAGCUGAUGCAGAACAGCGGGAAGAGCGUCUUCAAGAGAACCAGCAUCGACCGUCUGAUGAACGUUCUGGUUCUGUGUAUCUUUGGUUUUCUGGUGUUCAUGUGCACGAUCCUGGCGAUCGGGAAUUACAUCUGGGAGAUAAACAACGGCUCCAACUUCACCGUCUUCCUGCCGAGAAAAGACAACGCUGGCUUCUCGGCCUUCCUCACCUUCUGGUCCUACAUCAUCAUCCUCAACACCGUGGUGCCCAUCUCGCUCUACGUUAGUGUGGAAAUCAUUCGGCUGGGGAACAGCUUCUACAUCGACUGGGACAGGAAGAUGUAUUAUUCCCGCAGCGACACGCCGGCCGAGGCGCGCACCACCACGCUGAACGAGGAGCUCGGUCAGAUCAAGUACGUCUUCAGCGACAAGACGGGGACGCUCACCCAGAACAUCAUGAUCUUCAACAAAUGCUCCAUCAACGGGAAGUCCUACGGAGAUGUUUAUGAUUACACAGGUCAGAGACUUGAUAUUUCUGAGCAUAAAGACCCGGUGGACUUCUCCUUCAACGCGCUGGCCGACCCGCGGUUCGUUUUCUACGACCACGCGCUGGUGGAGGCGGUGAAGCUGGAGAACCCGGAGGUCCACGCCUUCUUCAGGCUGCUGGCGCUCUGCCACACCGUCAUGGCGGAGGAGAAGAAGGAAGGUGAGCUUCUCUACCAGGCCCAGUCUCCAGACGAAGGCGCGCUCGUGACUGCGGCCAGAAACUUCGGAUUCGUCUUCCGCUCGCGAACGCCCGACAGCAUUUCCAUCGUGGAAAUGGGAAAUCAGCGCAGCUACGAACUGCUGGCCAUCCUCGACUUCAACAACGUCCGCAAGAGGAUGUCCGUCAUCGUGCGCAGUCCAGAGGGGAAGCUCUCCCUCUACUGCAAAGGCGCCGACACGAUCAUCUACGAGAGGCUGCACCAGUCCUGCAGCAAGCUGAUGGACGUCACCACGGAGCACCUCAACGAAUUUGCAGGGGAGGGACUGCGGACGCUCGCUCUAGCCUACAAAGAUUUGGACGAGGAGUAUUUCAACCAGUGGAGACAGCGCCACCAUGAGGCGAGCACCUCACUGGAAGACAAGGAGAGCAAACUGGAUGAGCUGUACGAGGAGAUAGAGAAGGACCUGCUGCUGCUGGGAGCAACAGCCAUCGAAGACAAGCUGCAGGACGGAGUGCCUCAGACCAUUGAGCAGCUGGCCAAAGCAGACAUCAAAAUCUGGGUUCUGACCGGCGACAAGCAAGAAACGGCAGAAAACAUCGGCUACUCGUGCAACCUGCUGCGGGAGGAAAUGAAAGACAUCUUCAUCGUCUCGGGUCACUCGCCUGAGGAUGUCAGACAAGAACUGAGAAAUGCACAAAACUCCAUGAAACCAGAUGGAGCACCGAACUGCCUGCUUUUGCCAGAGGAGAAGAGUCACAAUUUGAUGAAAGACGAGGAGGCCAAUGGGGAGUAUGGACUCGUUAUCAACGGACACAGUCUGGCGUACGCCUUGGAGAGCAGCAUGGAGCUGGAGUUCCUCAGGACGGCGUGUUUGUGUAAAGCGGUGAUCUGCUGCAGGGUGACGCCGCUGCAGAAGGCCCAGGUGGUGGAGCUGGUCAAGAAGUACAAGAAGGCGGUAACUCUGGCUAUCGGCGAUGGCGCCAACGACGUCAGCAUGAUCAAAGCGGCUCAUAUUGGUGUUGGCAUCUCAGGACAGGAGGGCAUGCAGGCCGUCCUGUCCAGCGACUACUCCUUCGCCCAGUUCCGCUUCCUGCAGCGCCUCCUGCUGGUGCACGGACGCUGGUCCUACCUGCGCAUGUGCAAAUUCCUGCGCUACUUCUUCUACAAGAACUUCACCUUCACCUUCGUCCACUUCUGGUUUGCCUUCUUCUGCGGAUUCUCGGCGCAGACGGUGUAUGACGAGUGGUUCAUCACACUCUACAACCUGAUGUACACAGCGCUGCCUGUUCUGGGAAUGAGCCUGUUUGAUCAGGAUGUGAACGACGUGUGGAGUUUCCAGCACCCACAGCUCUACAUCCCCGGCCAACUCAGCCUGUACUUCAGCAAGACGGCCUUCUUCAAAUGUGCCGUCCACAGCUGGUACUGCUCCCUGGUGCUGUUCUUCAUCCCGUACGCCGCGCUGCAGGACACGAUUAGGAGCGACGGGAAGGACGUGGCCGACUACCAGUCCUUCGCCCUGCUCACGCAGACCUGCCUGCUGUUUGCAGUCAGCAUCCAGCUGGGCUUGGAGAUGUCCUACUGGACGGCGGUGAACACCUUCUUCGUUUUGGGAAGUCUGGCCGUGUACUUCGCCGUCACCUUCACCAUGUACAGCAACGGGAUGUUCCUCAUCAUUCCAUCAGCUUUCCCCUUCAUAGGAACGGCUCGAAACUCUCUGAACCAGCCCAACGUCUGGCUGACGAUCCUCCUGACCUCCAUCCUGUGCGUACUUCCUGUGGUUACCUGCCGCUUCCUGUUGAUUCAGCUCUGCCCCACCAUCAAUGACAAGGUAAUGUUCAAGGUGAGACAGGCCAGAGCUACACCUCCUCCUCCGCCUCGCCGCGCCCGGAUCCGCCGCACCAGCUCCCGCCGCUCGGGCUACGCCUUCUCCCACGCGCAGGGCUACGGCGACCUGGUGACGUCGGGCCGUUUCCUGAGGCGUCCCGCCGUGUCGCGGGCGUCGGGUUUCCCCCAGGUGGGCCGCGCCGCCACGGGGUUCAGCCCCAUGGGCCGGUCGGCAGGCUACAGCCCGACGGGCCGUCCCCAGAACCUGAAGGUGCCGGACGUGGAGGUGACCUCGCUGCAGAUGUACAGGACGUUCAGCGACGCCGCCCCAUGAGAGAAGGAAGCUAAUUAAACCUCUGGAGGGAAACAGAAACGCUGAGGUUUUAGUGGGAAUUUUUUCGCUGACAGUUUCAUUUAAAGGAACGUUAGUCCUCACUUCAGAGAGGUAAACGGUUUACUGGCGUCAGAUGUCUAAGUUUGAACCUGAAGGAACCAGCAGAUGGGACGCUAACGGACGGAUCUACUUGACGACAGACACAGAAACAGAUCAGUGAGCUUCCAGGCAGCAACAAGCAGAGGAUGGAAGUGAUUUAACGUGUUGGGAAACACAGAGUGUCAUCAUGUUUACAGACUGCCCAGACCUUCAUAAUCCUGGGAGUCCAGAGGCAACGCAGAGCUUCGUAAAGAGGGAACAACCAGCAAAGACACGCUGCUGUCACUACUUUACUCUUAUUUUUCUCUUCAUUUGUGCUUCCUUUAGCAGGUUAGGAUACAUCGAUGGCCUGUACAAAACAUGUUCAUUAAGUUUGUAACCUAAAAUUAUUUUAAAUAAUGAGAUUUCCUGUCAAAAUGAGCUGCUUUAGGACCUCUUGUCACUUUAAAUCCAAAUAUGCUGGCCACGCCCCCCAAUUCAACGAUUCCACUCACACGUGAAAAUGGCUGCAGACACAUCCACGAUUAUACAACCGUACAUAUUUGAAAAGCAGAAGUGGAGUCUUCUGCACAACCAACCUGAAUACAGGAAUUGGUUUCUGGAUACUUAAUCAACAAGUAAACACUUGUCUUUUCCAGCAGCCAUUGUACAGCAAUAAAACCAGCUGUAUGGAGCUCCACUUUGGUUGCUAAGUAACGGCACAGCGUGACUCAACAAUAUGAAAGUUUUUGAAACGAGUCGUUUCUCAGACACAAAAAAACAUGAACAUAUUGCCAAAAAUUGUCUUUUUAAGCCUUUCGGCUGUUUUUAGAAGCAGUAUUGACUAAAUUUAAGAACAAAGACAUGGAAAAAUGUGAAUUUUGCAUCAUAGAUCCCUUUAACUAUCUCCUCCUUUUUCUUCUGGUGUGUAAAAACAUCCCACCAUCCAGUCCAGCCGUCCUGAGAGAAAACAGCAUGUUUAAAACAUAUAAAAGUUUUACUCCUGCUCCUCUUUUUCUGUGGUAUUUUGGUUGUUUUGGGGGAUUUGUUAAACACGUUUGGAUUUGAAUAGAAUGAUUUUUUUUAUUGUUUUCAUUAUUCAAAUAAUUUUAAGGGACUUAAUCAGGUGUUUAUAAGCUGUAGCCACUUGGCUAGAGAAGCAUAUCAGCCGUUAAUCCUGAAAAGUCUCUGUGUGAAUUAUAAUUAUAUACAUAAAGAACAUGCAGCCAUUCUAAACAAACAUCGUAUUUUCAGAGUUAUGAAUAUCAGGACGCGUUAAAAAUAAUGUGAUUUUACUCGAAGUGUGCAAAAACGUUCAACAGAUUCCUAUCUGUCAUUUCUACAACAAAGAUGAAGCAAAAGUGGAAAAGAUAAAAUAGUUUUUUAUAAAAUAACUAAGUACACCCUGUAGCAGUGGUUUCCAGCCUGGGACCCUCUUAUUAUCCACCUCAUUGGUUUUUGCUGCUCCUCUUUAAAUUUCUAUUUUUUAGCUUUGAAUACCAAGCAGAAAUGUUUUAUCUUUUUAUUCCCCAUAAUUCUACGUGUGAUUUAUUUAUUAUUCAAAACUGUAAAGGUUUUUAAUUAACAAAUAAAUUAAUCAAAAUCCCCCAAUAUUGGUUUUGUCUUUACAGAAAUUAAACUUUUUCCCUGCAGAUGUUCAUUAAAUCUCAAUACUCCAGAAGGAUUUUAUUUUCUGGUUUUAAUUCUUUAUUUCAUUUCUCUAUUUGUGGAUUUGAUAUUCUUCAGUUUUAAAGUGUUUUACAUAUUGAUCAGUAAUAUUUUGUACUGCAGCUCUAAGGAAACAUUUCUGUGGUUUUGAGUUCAUCCGUUUUGGUCGUUUCUGUCAAACUGUAGACACACUACAAACACGGCCGGUUUUACCUGCUCAGUGACGCUUCCUGGUCAGUUCCUCGUCUGCCCACUUGUUGUUGGUGCUUUCACAGUUAGAGGUGACCAUACCAAAAAAAAAGGAUGCUGAAAUUAUUAUUAUGAACUUUAUAUUGUCAGAAAACGUUUCAUCUUCUGAUCAGAAAUCAUGUAAAGUCGUCAGUUUUUUGUCUUUAUUUUGCAGCUGGAUUCUUUAAGCAGUCACUUAAAAUGCUGUUUCACUUGAUCUGCUCACCUUUGAAUGCAAACUUUGAAAUUAAAAAACAUGGAGAUGAUAAUAAUGUGUUAGUUUGGUCAAAACAGGGAUGAUUUCUGUCAAUGAACAAUUCUUAAGUAAAUAUUUUAUACUAUAUUUUUAAUAUUUCAGUAUUUACACAAAUAUUUAACAGAAAAUUGUAUAUGCAUUUUUUUAAUUGGUUAAGAGAAAGUGCUUUUUGCUUUUUUUUAAGUUUUGUUUUUGCCCCAAAUCCAGUUGAAUAUGCAAAUUUUAUCCGUGGAGAUGAACCAAAGAAAUUUAAAGCUUACAUGUUGUAGAUGACUGUUUAUGUUUAUUUGAUGCUGGAAAUCAAAGUUGAACUUGGAUUUGUUUUUUUAAAUUCAAACAAGUCAAAAGGAAAAAGUUUUGUUGCAUCUUCUAGUUGUUCUCAGAAAAGAUGACAUUAUUAUUCUUUUGUCAUUUUUGGAUCAGAACUUUUUCUGGAUGCUGAUAAUUCAACAUUUUGCACGGCAGCUAACAGAUGCAAUAAUUCCUGUAUGCUUUUCAUUUUAAAGAUUGAAUAUAUAUAUGAAUAAUGUCACAUCACCUUAAACUGUGGCAUCACGUCACCGAGUGCCUUUCUGCAGCGGGAACUUUAUGUUUUCUGCUGUGCUGCUUAUCUGCAUCGUUGCUAUGGUGACGGGAUAUAUGAUCACUUCCUUUGAUUUAUCACACUGCACUUCUGAUUAAUGUUUUGUAUCUUUUUAUACACUUCAGAUGUAUUAUCUGAAAUAAAGAUACCUAAAAGACGAA